AUGAAAGAAAUAUCCCAUUGGGUGAUCUGUAGAAGGCUGCUUUCAAUGGUGAAGCCUGUAUCCAUAGCAGAGGUAUUGGUCAUGAUCGCAUUAGCCCUAUGCAUCUUCCUUGGAAAGUGGCUUGAUGUGGCCUCAAUCAAGGAGCGAGGCAUCAUCAUCAAUGGCCUUAGAAGUACUAAGGAAGUAAGUGAUGGAAAUGUGCCUUCCAUGUGUAGUGGUGCAGUAACCUUCUUCAUAUUCAGAACACUCUCCUCUGUGUUCAUAGAAUCGAAGGGAAUUCUCUUCUCAGUAAUAACAAACAGAAUUGUUGAGGAUAUGACCUCCCAUGUCUUCCGACUUGCAAUACAUUCUGCACACUCCUGUGAGAAAAAGCCGACAAGCCUUAAUAGAGUUGUGGAGAGAGGGAAUAAGAAGAUCUGCAAGGUUCUUGGAAAGGUCCUCACCAUUGGAGUCCCUACAUUCUACAACCUCAUCCUUCUUUUCAAAGAGAUCCAUAUGAUGUUCGGGUUUAGAUAUCUCUUCCCGGUUCUUCUUACUGUUAUUGCCUAUACAGUGUAUACCCAUGUGACUCUGAGGAUCCGCUCCUUGUAUAGGAAGAGGAUCAACGAUGCAGAUAACCUGGCUUCCAGGAGAAUCCACGAGUGCAUCGCAAACAUCGAUCUUGUCAAGGCAUGCUGCUGCGAAGAGAUGGAAGAGUCCAGGCUUGCAGCAAUCAUGAGGAUUAUGUGGAGCCUGAAGCUCUCUGACAAGAAGUGUGUGGGGUUAAUAAACUUCGGGCAGAGAACGUUGUUCACAGUUCUCUUUGUUCAUGUUGUUUUCAAGGGAAGCACAGAUGCAGCAGCCUCCCGAAUGGCAAUUGGAGAUCUCACCACGCUCUUUUCGUUUGUGCUCUCCAUUGACGGCUCCAUGUGGACACUAGGAACCAUUGCAAGGGAUAUAGGGUCCUGGAUGACAGACUGUACGGAUCUUCUUACCCUUUGCGACGAGCUGGAAAGAGUUGCAGCAGAGAGCUGCGAGACAGCCACCCAGGAUGCUGUGAAGGACGAAGGAUCCUUGUGUCUGUCCAGACACACCAAGUCCUUGGGCAGGACACCUGUGUCCAUCGAGGUUGCACUUGGCGGAGAAGCAGCGGCCAUUGAGUUCGAGAAUGUUGGGUUUUCGUAUCCACAAUCUGUCGAUGUGCUCAAAGGCCUGUCUUUCCGGAUCAUGAGGGGAGAGCGUGUUGGAAUAAUCGGAAGGUCUGGAAGUGGAAAGAGCACCAUCUUGAGGUUGAUUCUGAUGCUCCACGGCCACACGGGGACGAUCCGAGUCGAUGGGACUGAGAUCAGAAAGAUAUCGCCCAAGGCGCUCAGGAGGACGAUUGGCUGCAUUCUUCAGGACACCCUUUUCUUCGAUGAAAGCAUCCUCUACAAUGUAAGGUAUGGGAACCCAAGUGGCCGAAUGGAUGAAAUCCUGAAGGGAUGCAUGGACGCCGGUCUAUGGGAGGUGAUCAGCAAGAAAGGGCUUGACUCUCGGAUGAAGGACCUCAGUGGGGGAGAAGCGCAGAUGGUCUGCAUUGCAAGAUGCCUAGCCAAGGACUGUGAGGUGAUGCUGCUUGACGAGGCCACGUCGAAGCUGGACGGAUGUGCCGAGAAGAGGGUUUUUGAGCUGCUGAUGGGUCUUGAAGGCAAGACGAUUGUUAUGAUACUCCAUAACCUUUGGAUGACCGAGUAUAUGGACAAGAUUAUUGUUGUUGACGGAGGGAAGGUUCUGGAGGUUGGAAGGCACUCUGAACUGAUGGAGGCGGGAGGGAUGUACUGGAGAAUGAAGACGAUGGGAUGA